AUGGCACAAAUACGGCUGAAAUCGACUCCAAUGUCUCCAAAAUCCCGACACGCGCCAAAACUCACGACCCAAGAGCUUUUUAUGGCAGCGGAAAGAAGACGAGUUUUGUGGAUCAAGUCUGAUGACCAAGGAGCAGGAGCAGGAAAAGUGGUGAAGAGGAGCAGCAGGAGGGAAAAACGGUUGGACUUGGAGAAACUGUCAAAGACCGGGCUCAUUGAGACUCACGUGGAAGAAUUGGGUGCAUUUGAUCGAGGGUCCGAGAAUGUGACUGGAGAACCACCGCUAGGCACCAUGAGGACCAAGCAGCAGGAGAAAGAUACAUCUAUCAUUGCCGAGCACAACGUGUCCAAAUUCGCCUUAGGCCACACAACUGAUACCUCUGUCGGGGAAGGUGCUGAUCCAAGUACUGAUACUAUUGGUGGUACGGUCAAGGUCAAAAUAGAGGAGGAUACCAAUCUCGAUACAAUAACCACAGCUGAGAUCAACAGAGAGUCCGCGUUAUUGACUUCAAAGGUCGCUGCUAAGAGAUUGGUAGCCGUGGAUUACAACCACGUUCCCUUUUUUCCAGAGGAAGGAGCUCUCGCCAAGACGUUUCUAAAGGAAGAUGGUCACAGCAGGCAGUUCUUCAUUGUGACUCCUUGGUCAGAAGCCUCCGUCAGAAUCGACACCAAUCUCAGAUCCCUUAUUGCUUCAGCUGGAGGAGUAGUUGUCGAUGAGCCCAAUAAAGACACAUUCAACAUCACCUAUGACCAAAAUACUGUGAUUCCCGAGUCCUACAGCUGCUUCAACAAUUGGUACACUCCGGAUCUCGUGUUCAGAUGCACAGAUUGCAUGUCUUUCGACGAGGAUAUCGUUUCUUCCGAGAUUAUUGGAGCUCCUAAUUUCGAUUCCAAGCAGAAGAAAGAGACAGGGGCUGUGUGCACUGACUUGCCGACUUUGGAGUGGGAUUCUGACGACCUGUGUGAGCCACGACAUCUCUUGCCUCUCCUGGGGACCAGCGACAGGAGAGUGAAGCGGUUGCAAAAGAGACUACCCCUGUGCGAUUGGAAUCAGAGCAGAAAAAGGUCGAAAAACAGCCCAGAUCAAGCUAUGGCCACCAUGGAACGCCGUGUCGACUAUCCAUGGACUAAUGAAUACACAACCCAGACUUUUGAAAGAGAUCUGCCUCGAAAUCGCGAGAUCUGGAACUACCACAGGUACAAUGAUGACAUCAACGACCUUCUUGGCGUAGUUUCCAAAGCAAACACCAGGAAGGAUGUCAUCAAGGUGUAUGAUUCAUACUGUGGAAAACUUGACAAGGUUGUUACCUUUUUACACAAGACUGAAGCGCUGGACGAGAAGAUGAGACUGGAACGGCUCAAGGCAGACGAGGAGGCAUGGUCUGAGAACGACGACGUAUAUUUGAAGAGCGACAACUCGCAAUUGUUGCAAAAGUUCACUCGGCGGCAGAUUAUCAGAAGGAGAAAGUUUCUGAAGACGAAGAAACAGGCCAAAUACGUUGAAGACUGGGUUGACAAGUAUGGAUGUUACUUUGGAGGAAAAGCUACAAGUACAAGUUCACAGAACAGAUAG